GUGAUGAUGCUGCUGCUAAGGGUGACCCCCUGGCCGAAGAGAGCUUGGGAUGCACAGCGCUCAGGGACCGACCUCGGCUCAAGUGGGUGACCCUGAGCGCAUGGCCAGCAGAGAGUCAGCCAACGAUAGCGAGCCUCGACCACCCUGUGGUCCUCUGCGGCGUGGCGUCCCCUUGCUCCCUGUCCUGGGACUCCUUCCCUCGCAGCCAUCCUCACAUCCGUACGGAGCCAUAUUGGCCCAAGCCGUGCAGUGUUCAGAUUGCGGUCAGUCUCCACCCGGCUGACAGCCCAGGCAUCGCUGCAGAGGAGCCAUGGUCCAGCCGUGCGACCCGUCGUCCGCCUUCUUCGGCUUCAUGGGGGUGACCUCGGCCAUCGUCUUCGCGAACUUCGGCGCGGCCUACGGCACCGCGAAGUCGGGCGUGGGCAUCUCCUCCAUGGGCAUCAUGCGCCCGGACCUGGUGGUGCGCUCCAUCAUUCCCGUGGUCAUGGCCGGGGUCCUCGGCAUCUACGGCUUGAUCACCGCCAUCAUCAUCAACGGCAAGAUGGCGCCUGCCGCCGGCUAUUCCGCCUACCUUGGUUACGCGCACCUCGCGGCGGGCCUCACGGUCGGCAUGAGCUCCCUCGCGGCCGGCCUGGCCAUCGGCAUCGUGGGCGACGCGGGCGUGCGCGCCAACGCCCAGCAGCAGCGUCUGUUCGUCGGCAUGAUCCUCAUCCUCAUCUUCGCCGAGGCCUUGGGACUCUACGGCCUGAUCGUGGGCCUGGUGGUGGCGAACGCCAGCAUCGAUCCCAGCAAGCCGCUGUGCACGCCGUACAACCAGUGAGCGAGGCGAGUGGAGAGAGGCGGCCCGCCCGAGAGACGCGCGGGGCCCGAGAACCCGCAGGCGCGCGCCCGCGCGGCCGGCCGCGCGGGCGGCGCGGUCGAGGCUGGCCACGAGGGUGGCCCUUCACCCCUGGGUUUCGUUGGACACCCAAGGCGCCCUCCUCCUCCCCGUCCACGUCCCCCCCUCCUCUCAUGGGCCCCCAUCCUCCUCGGUCCGAGCAGCUCUCGAAAUCGCAGGGCUGGUACAUGAGCCUGACGAAGGGUAAGAUGGAACGGGAUCCCGCGGGAUGGUUUUCAGUGCGGCGCGUUCUGCUUUCAUAAGCGUUUCUGAUCGGCGCUCUGUCGCCUGCACCUUCCAUUCCUUAGCUUUCGCGCGUGCAUGUCCAUCGACAGCAUGAACAUUCACGAAUAGUCAAUAGUCCCA